AUGACUCCAACGAGUGCUAAAGAGCAUCGAAAUCAAGUAUGUUUAGAUAUUGGGAGAUUCUUUUUUGAGAAUGGGAUCCCAUUUAAUUGUGCAAGAAGCCCAUCAUAUUUCAAUAUGUUGCGUUCGGUUGGGAAUUAUGGUCGAGGAUUGAAAGCUCCAACAAUGCAUGAAAUGAGGACUUGGAUACUAAAAGAAGAAGAGAAGACAACAUCCGAAAUUGUGAAUGAGAUCAAAGCAACAUGGAAACGAACAGGGGUUUCAUUAUUAUUAGAUGGUUGGUCAGAUAUGAGAAAUAGGAGUCUGAUCAAUUUUCUAGUUAACAAUCCCUAUGGGACUGUUUUUUUGAAAACUAUUGAUGCAUCAGAUUGUGUAAAAGAUGCACAAAAAUUGUUUGAAUUGCUUGAUGAUGUUGUUAAAGAAAUUGGUGAAGAUAUUGUCAUUCAGGUGAUCACAGAUAAUGCAAGUGCAUACAAGGCAGCUGGAAGAUUAUUAAUGGAGAAGAGAAAAAGUUUGUAUUGGACUCCGUGUGCUGCUCAUUGUAUUGAUUUGAUGCUUGAGAAAAUUGGAGAAUUGCCACAACAUAAAAAUGUUUUGCUUAAAGCAAAUAGAGUUAGCGAUUUCAUCCAUAACCAUCAAUGGGUGUUGAGUUUAACAAGAAAAUUUGCAAAGAAAGAUCUUCUUCGACCAGCUGUCACACGAUUCGCCACUACCUUUCUAACUUUAGAAAGUAUGCAUCAAUUGAAGCAACCACUACAAAUGAUGUUUGUUUCAAAAGAAUGGUCAAGUUGUGCAUGGGAAAAGAAACCUGAAGGGAAAGUUGUGAAGAAAAUCAUAAUGAAUGAUAAUACAUUUUGGCCUAGUGUGGUUUAUUCCAUGAAAACCACAAAGCCCCUUGUGAAUGUUUUAAGAAUAGUUGAUGGUGAGAGGACACCAGCAAUGGGAUUUAUUUAUGGUGCUAUGGAUGAGGCAAAAGAAAAGAUAGCAAAGAACUUAGAUGGAGACGUGUCUUCAUAUAAGGAGAUUUGGGAUAUCAUUGAUCAAAAGUGGGAGUUUCAAUUGCAUCGCGACUUGCAUGCAACUGCAUAUUACUUGAAUCCUCGAUUCAGAUGGAGUCCCAAUGUUUCCGAGCAUCCAGAGAUUAAAACUGUUGAAUGGUGGGACAACUUUGGAGAUGAAGUUCCAGAACUCAAAUCAUUUGCAACAAGAGUUCUAGGUCUUACUUGUUCAGCAUCGGCAUGUGAACGUAAUUGGAGUACGAUCAAUCAAGUGCACACAAAGAGAAGAAAUCGUCUGAGCACAAAAAAGAUGAAUAGUUUGGUGUACAUUAUGUACAACAAAAAGUUGAAGCACAAAUUUUUUAAGAAACAAUCAAGAAGAGAGGAAGAUGAUCCUUUGAUUGUUGAAAAUGUGUCUUCUAAUGAUGAAUGGGUAGCCAAUCCAAAUGAUGAAGAGGAUGGUGAUAGUAGAGAAAUUGAAGUUGGUGGGGAAAUUGAGAUUGAGGAUGAGGGUGGAAGUUUAGCACCGAGGAAGAGGAAAAGAAAUCAAGCACCAAUUGAAGUGAAUUUGGAUGAGGAAGAUGAAUUUGAAGGAGGAGAAAAUGACAGUGAAGAUGGAGAUGAUGGUCGAGCUAUACAAUUUCAUGAGAGUGAUGAUGAAGAAAGUGAAGAGUUCUUGGAGAUUUAA